UCUUGGUAUUGGUCCAGGGUGUAAAACCCCUGCUCCAAAGGUUCAACAUAAACAUGUGUGCCUGUGACUCAUGGAGCCAUCAACAAUUUCACUGUGGCCUUAUCUUCCACCAAAUACCAUUCACACUUUUGGUCGGCACUGUGUGUUAAUUAUUGUCGUGUUGUCCGUGCUGUGCUUGUCCUUGCUUUGUCUAGGUCUCUCAUCAAGUGCAGCAACCUAUUACCGUCAGGUCCCUGUCUUAAAGAUCUCACACGAGGAGGACUAUGAUGGUCUUGCUGGGAAGGAGCUCAAAGUGGUGAUAGAUGGGAACGACCCGGACUAUGAGCACUUCUACACCAUAGGAAGCUACGAAACACCGACAGACGACCACGGGGUGGAGGAGUUCCAAACCUCCGAAAUGAUGCGAGACACGGUAGACCCCACAGAUCUGCCACAGCAUGAAAGGUUUAGAAGAGACGCCUCCAUACAAGCAGACCCCUGCCUGCUUCCGCUGGACGAGGGAAAUUGCUCCAAGUAUACGUUGCUUUGGUACUACCACAGGGAGAGUGGCCAGUGCCGUCCCUUCAUCUACAGCGGCUGCAAAGGAAAUGCCAACAGGUUCCAGACCCCAGAGGACUGUGAAGCCAACUGCAAAAACAAAGCAGAUCUAACAAAGCAAGAAGGAACCUGACUGAAAUGAAGAAGAGUUGAAACGAUUUAAAUUUUAAUCUUAAGGAGUUUCGGAAGUGGGGC